AUGAGUAAAGACAAUAGUUGUAUUAAAUUAAGAAAAAUCUAUUCGUUUUUUGGUCCAAAUUCACAUAAAGGAGAGACCGAAACGGCAUGUAAAAAAAUUAAAAUCGAAAAUACAGAAAAUGAAGAAUGGGAAGUUCAAAGCAAUGACACCAGUAUUGGUACUGAUAAUCAUUCAUCAGAUUCAGAUGAUUUUCAACAGUUAAACGAUCUACAAGAAAUAAAGAAUGUUGAACCAGAACAGAAUCAAAAACAGGUAAUUGAGAAUCAAAUGGAAAUUUUUUCUAAAAUAGGACCUAGUGAUAUAACACAUAUAGUCAGUGAUCCACCAACACAACCAAUUUUAAAAAAUUACCCACAGUCUAAGUUUGGGAAAGAAUGGAGACAAUUCCGUCCUGAAUGGUUCAAAUCAUAUCCUUGGCUUGAAUACAGUGUAUUAGAUAAUGCUUGUUAUUGUUUUCCUUGUAGAUUUUUUUCUCAUAACUCUGAUAAUUCACCAUUUUAUAAAAUUGGAUUCAAAAAUUGGAAAAAAGCUCUUGAUAAAAAUGCAGGAAUUAAAGGCCAUAAUAAAUCUUGCAUACAUAAAACUUGCAUGACGAAGUGGGAAGGGUAUAAAAACUCCAAAAAAACAAAAUCAAUUUUAACAACAUUAAAUGAGGCUAAUUUAUCUUUAAUUAAAGAAAAUCGAUAUUACAUUUCAGUUAUUUCAGAAAUAUUAUUGUUCACAGCCUGUCAAAAUAUUGCACAACGAGGUGAUGAUGAAGGGUCAGAAAGCCUCAAUAGAGGAAAUUUUUUAGAACUUCUAGAACUUUGUGCUAGGAGAGACGCAAGAUUUAAAGCUAAAAUAGAUAUAUUACCAAAAAAUGCGAAAUAUACUCAUCAUACUAUUCAAAAUGAUUUAUUUUAUGUAAUGAGUAAAUUAGUUUUAGAAACUAUUGCGAAAGAAGUUAAAGAAGCCAAAUAUUUUGCUAUUCUUGCAGAUGAGACAAAAGACGUGAGCAAAACUGAGCAGUUAUCUAUUAUGGUUCGUUAUUAUCAUAAUAACACAAUGAAUGAACGAUUUUUAGGUGAGAUAAAAAUUGUGUCAGAUUAUUUACAAAAACCAGAUUCAGAUUUGGGUUCUAGCUGUCUACUAGUAGAAUCAUUAAUUAAUUACCUUAUGGAAUUUAGAAACACCUCAAACAAGUUUGAAGAUCUUUUGACAGAAGUGGAAUUAUGUGCACAAAAAAAUAAUAUUCAACUUCCUAAUGAAACAGUUAAAGAAACAAGGAUUCGCAAACUUCCUAAACAAUUUUCAUCAUAUAUAACUGAAGUAACAACUUCUGAAAUCCUUGAUAGAAUGGUUAGUGAACUCAAUAGAAGAUUUUCAGAUCAUAGUGAAAUUUUAACAGGUAUCAGCGCCCUUAUCCCAAAAUGUGACACAUUUUUAAAUUUUACAAAUAUCAAACCGUUAGCUGAACACUAUAAAUUAGACAUAGAAAGCUUAGAAUCAGAACUAACACUAAUUACAAAACUGAUUAAGCGACAUGAAGCUGAAAACGCGUUUUCUGAAAUGUAUAUACUCUGUAUUAUUUCUAUUAUCAUUCCACCAUCUAGUGCUGGAGUUGAAAGAACUUUCUCCAGUUUAAGACAAAUUAAAAAUUACAUGAGAAAUAAAAUGACUAAUAAAAGGCUUUCAAAUAUAGCAAUUUUAUCUAUAGAAAAAAAAAUUGCUAAGAAUUUAGAUUUGGAAGUUGUUGUGGAUAAAUUUGCAGCUAUUCACAAAAACCGAAGAAUAUUAUUAACUUGA